GCUAAAAGGCCGCUGACUUGUGCUAUUUGGUGCAGUAAUCAGAAAAAUGUGGAAGAGAGCUGCUCUAGUUUUCGUCAUUUGCUGUGGAAUUGUAGAAGCCCAGACGACACUGAACCUACACUGUUUACCCACAGCAAAACCUGGAUUAUGUAUACUGAAUUCCAUCAAGGUGAAAACGAAGGACUUCAUCAAUCCCACUUCCAGUUCAUCAACGGAGAAAGUGGUACAGUUCGAAAACUCACAGCUGGACUACUUUCCGCCAGUUUUGUUCAAUAAAUUUCCCGAGCUAGAAACCUUACUAGCAUCAAAUGUUGGGUUAAAAAAGCUCUGGAACGAUACUUUCGCCCAUUCCACUAAUCUAAAGCACCUGGACAUCUCAUCUAAUUUCGUUUCCGUACUGCCGGAAAACGUUUUCGGAACAUGCCACAACUUAAAAGUGAUAAACGUUGCUGAAAAUAGGCUUCAUCUCUUCAAAAGCAUCGAAUUGAUCGGAUGUAAACAACUACGUCAUCUGAAUGUGUCAUCUAAUCAGUUGAUCUACAUAAACUGGGAUCCGCUGAGUGAUCUACGCCAGCUAGAGCAGCUUGAUUUGGGGAAUAAUUUAAUCACUGAGUUGAUUAUUCCAAAAUAUUUACGGAGGCUCGUGGCCAGUAAUAACCACAUCUAUGAAUUAAGCACUGAUCGGGAUGCUUUUAUUUUCAUGCUGGAAUAUUUGGAUGCAUCAAGAAACCGGUUGAGCAAUAUUGAUAAACUUUCACAUCUCGCGAAGCUGACCUACAUCGACCUUUCGUACAAUCGGUUGUUGAGUGUGGAUUUCGCUCUGUUUAAAAACAUGCGCUUGCUGCGCGAACUUCGUCUGGCACAUAAUAAUAUAUUUGCGGUAACAACCUCUGAGCUAAAGCCGAUUUCGCUCGAAUUGGUCGAUUUAUCCUACAAUGAGCUUGCGCACUUAGCAGCUAAUGAUAGCGCUGGAAUUGGAUCAACGGUGAAACUUCUGUUGAAUAAUAACUAUUUGAUGAGUUUCGAGGUUACCGAUGGGUUGUUGAACUUCCCGAAUUUGCGUGAGAUUUCGUUGAAUGGUAAUGACUGGACUUGUAAAGAUAUUGACCGUAUAAUGAUAGGUCUAAAAGCAAAAAAUGUGAAUGUAAUUCCUGAUCACCAGCAAUGUGCGCCUUACCAGAUUAGUAGAAAUUAUUUAUGUUGCCGUGAUGUAGGUGUAUAUUACGACGAACUAAUACUGAUGAAAUCGGAGGAUCAUGUCACUGCGCGUGUCAUUCAGAAAACUGUCCCAACAGUGACAGGUUCUGCACCAGAAGUAAUUCCUGUAAUUCACAAAUCUUCGAAAGAUAUGGAAUCCCGUCUAAUGGCAACGUAGUCUCAACUGAUACAAAUCAAACGUGAAAAAGAAGAUCUCCAGGCGUUGUUGGAAAAGGUGCAGCAAGAAGCCAGAUUGUUCAGUGAAAAGCUUAAGCGCUGCCUGUCGGCCAUCAACCAACGCACGGGACAGUCUGUUAUUAUUGACUAAAUCAUGGCUUACUGAAUUGUAGGUGUAAAUAAAAUGAGAGAGUAACAUAUUUGGGGGUAUGUUU